UUUUUUUUUGGCUUCAACAUACAAAUAGGAAUGACCAAUAAACUACUUCUUGUUUUUAUCCAUGGUUUUCGAGGUAGUGAUACAAGUUUCAAGGAUUUUCCAAACUGGCUCAAAACAUCUCUUCAUGAUACUAUGAAUAUGGAUGUAGAAACAAUAGUCUAUCCUAGUUACAAAACAACAGGAGAUCUAUCUUUGGCUGUACGAAACUUUAGUGCCUGGCUCAUUGAUCAAACCAAAAAUAAGGAAAAUUUGGAUAUCAUAUUAUUAGGACAUUCUAUGGGUGGAAUUGUUGGCGCUGAAACCAUUCUCCUUUUUGAUGGAAGACGUCAUGAUAAUCCUUUAGGUAGUGCCUCUAUCAUUGGUUUAUUGGCAUAUGAUACUCCUUUUUAUUCCGUAAAUCAAGACUCUUUAUCUUCUGCUGCAUUAUCUCAGGUGGACAAAUACUCUCGAUAUAUUCCUUCUUCCUUAUUAUCUUCCAGUAACAACAGUAGAUCAACAUCAUCAUCAUCUCCAUUAUCAUUGACUUGGGAUACAACAUCAUCAAUCACGACUUCUCAGUCAUCAUCUAGUACAAAAAAAUGGGGUCUCUUUGCUGGAGCUGUUGGUGCGGUUGGUGUAGCUGCAGUAGGUGCUUAUUUGACUCGUGAUAAGAUUGCAUCCACAGUGUCUGAUGCAUAUGACCAAUUGGAAUUCGUUAGUGCAUUGAUGGAUAGAAAUGGAUGUCAUAAAAGGAUGAAUGCUUUACUUGAAGUUCCGGAUAUUUUUGUACGAUGCUUUUACAUACAGGUAACAAACAAGUUUUAAGUAUAUAAAAAAAAAUAAGGAUCGGAAAAAUCGGGAAAACAUUCGUUUCAAAAGGAAAGAGUUAUUAUUCAAAUUUUUACCACGGUCAUUGUAACUUUUUUUUUUUCUUUUUGUGGAAAUAGAUACCAUCUGAGGGUACAACAAACAGAACGUUUAUUGCAUUACCACCAGCUGAUACAAUGUAUGUGUUUAUACCCAUGGUCACCAAAGUCGAAUCCGAAAUCAUUGCUCAUACAAGUAUUUUUGAUCCCAAGAAAAACGAUUAUUAUUAUACCGUGGGAUCUGAUUCUAUUACCCUUAUUGCUGAAAUGGUGGCGCGUCAUGGUCGUAAAAAGCAACAUUCAACAGGACCUGUUCUGGAUCUUGACUUGGAUUAGAAUAGAACAUGUAAUUUAGACUUUUUUCCCCCCUUACAUCCAUAUACCAUUCAUAUCAUCUUUUUUUUUUUUUUUUGAUUAAUAAAAUUGAUCAUAC